AUGUUGAUGAUGGAGGACGACGAACUGGAGGCUCAUCAGGUUGAUUCGGAUUUCGAGCCGCAAAGCCGGCCUCGCUCGUGCACCUGGCCGCUGCCUUGCCCGGAUGAUUUCCACGAGGUCAGCACCGGGGGUCUCCCGCUGGCCAGCAUCAAGGUGGAACCGGAGGACGUCCCGGCGUGCAGAGCGGCGCUCCUCGGCGGAACGCCGGGCGAGCUGAAGCAUCCGGCUGGCGCCCCGGCGCCCUCGGGCGCGACGCACCCAUGCCUUGUCGGCGCGGCGCUCGAUGUCACCGGACCCAUGCGCAAAGCCAAAUCGUCGCGGCGGAACGCGUGGGGCAACCAGUCCUACGCGGAUCUGAUAACCCGCGCCAUCGAGAGCACCCCCGAAAAGAGGCUGACGCUGUCACAGAUCUACGACUGGAUGGUGCGUUACGUGCCGUAUUUCAAAGAUAAAGGCGAUAGUAACAGCUCCGCCGGGUGGAAGAAUUCCAUCCGACACAACCUGUCCCUCCAUACGCGCUUCAUCCGUGUUCAAAAUGAGGGGACAGGAAAGAGCUCCUGGUGGAUGUUGAACCCAGAUGGCGGGAAAAUGGGUAAAGUUCCACGCCGACGAGCAGUCUCCAUGGAUAACAGCACCAAAUACCUGAAGAGCAAAGGCCGCAUCAGAGGCAAAAGGGUUGGCCGCCCUGGAAUGGGAGCUGGUUCGGCUGUGGUGGGGCUUCAGGGCUCCCCUGAUCAUGGCAGCCCACCACAAAAAGUCUUGCCAGGGUCUGGAGGUACAUCUGGGACAGAUGGAGAGUUUGAGACAUGGACAGACCUCCACUCCAGGGCUAGUUCUUCAGCCUCCACACUCAGUGGACGUUUAUCACCCAUCCUGGCCGAAGGAGAACCAGAGGAACCAGAGGAGGGUGGACUAUCCUGUUCCACCUCCCCAAAUCUCUAUCCCUCUCCAUCCAGUGCUAGAUCUCCAUCUAUGGGAGCAGGAAAUCGCUGCCCUCCUCUGGAGCAGCUGCCUCAGUUGGCGAACUUGACAGGAGCCAUCAGUCUGGAUGAGCAACUAAUGGAAGAUGGUUAUCAUCACCAUCAUCAUCAGCAACAACACCAGCAGCAUCCCACUGUGGCUCGGCACAAUCACCAAACCUCAGUCUACCACUACAGCUCUGCAAUCAAGGGUCAGAGCUCCUACAGUGCAGGAGGCUAUGGUGCAACAGGUAUGGGGAUACUGCGCCACCACUCAUCCAUGCAGACUAUUCAGGAGAACAAGCCAGCUAGCUUCUCUGGAACCAUGCGGGCGUACUCCAGCACCAAUGCCUUGCAGAGUCUGCUAACAGGGAGUUCAGGUGGACAGCAAUACUGUGCAAAGGACAUGAUGCUGGGACAGGAGAGGGAAAGCCUUCCAAUGAUGAGCCAAGCUAGUAAUGGAGUAGGUUCUAGCCAUCACAGCCAUCAUGCUGGCCACCACAAUGGACAUAACCACAAUCACAAUGGAACACACAGUCACAGCUCAGUUCAUAGCCAUAACAGAACUCAUAGUCAUACACCUAGUCAUAACCACAACAGUGUACCCAACCACAGUCACAACUCACCACACAGCCUCAGUCAUAAUAGUCACAAUCUCAGCCAGAGUCACAACCACACACCACCACGGGCCCAAGCUCUGGCUUCACGUGGCGGCAGCAGCAGCCAGCUGCAGACAUACAACCAUAAAGCUCCCUAUCUGUACAGCCCUCCAUCGCAUGCUCACCUUCCUGGUUCAAACACUUUGCCCCCAAACCCAGCAGGUAUGCUCGGCAUGCCCCAAGACUCCUGUCAUAUAGCCACUGCCCCGCACCCAUACCCCCGUCACAACCAUUAUGCUGACCCACAACACCAAGGCAUUUCUAAUGGACUGUACAACCACAGUCAAGGCAUGGGGAGCAGUAGUGGUGGGAACAUCUUCCAUGGCUAUCAUCAACCUCACCCCCAUGAGAGACUACCAGCUGACUUGGACAUUGACAUGUUUCACGGUAGCUUGGACUGUGAUGUUGAGUCCAUCCUUCUUAAUGACAUUAUGGACUCUGGAGAGGAGAUGGACUUUAACUUCGACUGCUCCUUAGCCCAAGGGGUGGGCAUUGGAAUGGGUAUGGGCAUGGGUGUGACCAUGGGUAUGGGGAUGAGUGGACUAACUGGUCCACAGCAAUCUCAUAGCAACCAGAGCUGGGUGCCUGGCUGAGGACUAAGACAACACAUCCCAGCUUCAGAAAGAACUCCAUUACCCAUGAAGCACUGUGCUUAUCUGUGACAUUCCUGAAUUGACGCAGA